AUGUCUCCGGCAUGGAUCUCUGUUCUCUGCCUCGGUGGCUACUUCCUCCUGCCUGGACCUGUGAGCUGCGAGGGCGCCGCUCCUAUUGCUAUCACAUGCUUUACAAGAGGACUUGAUAUCAGAAAGGAGCAAGCUGAUGUCCUUUGCCCAGGGGGGUGUCUUCUCCGAGAUUUCUAUGUCUUUGGGAACAUAGUCUAUGCUUCUCUUUCGAGCAUCUGUGGAGCUGCCAUUCACAGGGGGGUAAUCACCAGCUCAGGAGGGGCUGUACGGGUCUAUGGUCUACCUGGCCGGGAAAACUAUUCUUCAGUAGCUUCCAAUGGCAUCCAGUCUCAAACCCUGACCCGAUGGUCCUCAUCUUUCACAGUGGCCAAAGGCAAAAGGGGAGCUCUGGAAGCCACAGGACGGGCAGUGUCCACAGCACGUCCACCAGCAGGUAAACGACAGAAGAAGACACCUGACAAAAAGGCUGGAAACAAAGAUUGUAAGGCAGAUAUUGCUUUUCUGAUUGAUGGAAGCUUUAAUAUUGGGCAGCGCAGAUUUAACCUACAAAAGAAUUUUGUUGGAAAAGUGGCUCUCAUGUUGGGGAUUGGAACAGAAGGACCACAUGUGGGACUUGUUCAGGCCAGUGAACAUCCCAAAAUAGAAUUUUUUCUGAAGAACUUUACCUCAGCCAAAGACGUUUUGUUUGCCAUAAAAGAAGUGGGUUUCAGAGGGGGCAAUUCCAAUACAGGAAAAGCCUUAAAGCACACAGCCCAGAAAUUUUUCUCAGCAGACGGUGGAGUGAGAAAAGGCAUUCCAAAGGUGGUGGUGGUCUUCAUUGAUGGCUGGCCCUCUGACGACAUAGAGGAAGCUGGUAUCGUGGCCAGAGAAUUCGGUGUUAAUGUAUUUAUUGUUUCUGUGGCCAAACCCAUACCUGAAGAGCUGGGAAUGGUUCAAGAUGUUGGCUUUGUUGACAAGGCUGUCUGUCGGAAUAAUGGUUUCUUCUCUUACCACAUUCCAAGCUGGUUUGGUACCACCAAGUACGUGAAGCCACUGGUGCAGAAGCUCUGCACCCAUGAGCAGAUGAUGUGUAGCAAGACCUGCUACAACUCGGUGAACAUCGCUUUCCUCAUCGAUGGCUCCAGUAGUGUAGGAGACAGUAACUUCCGCCUCAUGCUUGAAUUUGUCUCCAAUAUAGCCAAGAUCUUUGAGAUCUCUGACAUUGGUGCCAAGAUUGCUGCUGUUCAGUUCACCUACGAUCAACGCAAGGAGUUCAGUUUCACCGACUAUACCACCAAGGAGAAUGUCCUGGCUGUCAUUCGGAACAUCCGCUACAUGAGUGGCGGGACAGCCACUGGGGAUGCCAUUUCUUUCACUGUGAGAAAUAUAUUUGGCCCUGUAAGGGAUGGACCCAACAAAAACUUCCUUGUAAUAGUAACGGAUGGGCAGUCCUAUGAUGAUGUCCGAGCCCCUGCAGCUGCUGCUCAUAAAGCAGGUAUCACUGUCUACUCUAUUGGUGUGGCUUGGGCACCCUUGGAUGACCUGAAAGAUAUGGCUUCGGAACCAAAGGAGACUCACGCCUUCUUCACAAGGGAGUUCUCAGGAUUAGAACAGAUAGCUACUGAUAUAAUUAGAGGCAUUUGUAGAGAUUUCUUGGAAUCACAACAGUAA